CAUCUCGUACCAUGAAUGAACAAAGUCGGGUUGUAGCCAUUGAGGGGAAUACUGGAUGUGGAAAAACGGAAGUUUUGCAUUGGCUUUCAAAGUUUCCUGAUGUGAUAACUUGCGAGGAACCAGUAGAAACAUGGCGACAUUUUUCAGGGCAAAAUUUGUUAAAUCUCAGAUAUACCAAUCCCAAGCGCUGGAGUUUUGCAUUCCAAAAUCUUGUUCAAUUGACCCGUUUGAAGAUGUAUGGCGAUAAUGAAAACAAUAACCCGCAGACUGUCAGAUUCAUAGAAAGAUCUUUGCACAGCAACAGAUACUGUUUUUUGGAAAUGGCGAAAGAAAUGAAGCAUUUUCAUGAAAUUGAGUUCACUAUCUUAGUAGAGUGGUUCAAAUAUCUGGAAAAUGAACCUCGCACACGGCUCGAACUUAUCGUUUACCUACGGACAUUGCCUGCUGUGGCGUUGGAUAGGAUUAAAAGCAGAAAUCGCUUCGAAGAGCAAAAUAUCACAAUUGAUCAGCUUCAAAAUAUUCACAGUAAAUACGAAUCCUGGAUUUCAAAUGGUGCGUCUGGAUUCAAAUUCGUUAUAAUAGAUGCGAAUAAUGAUGCGAAAACUGUCCAAGAACAAAUCAUGUUCCAUUUGAAGGAGCACCAUAUUUUAAAAUAAAACCCUUAAGAAGUUUACAAAGUUCUCCGUUUUUAACUAGUAAAACAUUUUAAUUAAUACAUUUCUGAUGUUCAUUAAAAAAACUACAGAAUUAAAAAAAAAAGUUUACACAAAACACCAUACUAUGUAUCAGUAAUUAAGAUUCUUGUAUAUGUUGGAAGUGUUCAGUAACGGUGUAUUCCAUAACGGAAUGGGAUUUAG